GCUCUAUCGCGAAUCGAAAACCCUUACCAUCGGCAAGGAGAAAAGACGGAGAGAGAGAAGGAGAUAGAAGAGUGGCUGCCGAUCACAGGUUCGAGAAACGCGAAAUGGUGGUACUCCGCCUUUCACAACGUCACUGCCAUGGUCGGCGCCGGCGUUCUCAGCCUCCCCUAUGCCAUGGCCCAACUCGGAUGGGGGCCCGGGGUGGUAGUUCUGGUAUUGUCAUGGAUAAUCACGUUGUACACAUUGUGGCAAAUGGUGGAGAUGCAUGAGAUGGUUCCGGGCAAGAGAUUUGACAGGUACCACGAACUUGGCCAACAUGCGUUCGGUGAAAGACUCGGGCUGUACAUCGUGGUUCCUCAGCAGCUAGUGGUGGAAGUGGGAGUAUGCAUCGUAUAUAUGGUCACCGGUGGCAAAUCCUUGGAGAAAUUCCACAACCUAGUCUGCCAGGGAUGCAAAAACAUCAAAUUAACUUAUUUCAUAAUGAUGUUUGCUUCCGUUCAUUUUGUUCUCUCACAUCUCCCCAAUCUCAACUCCAUCUCCGGCGUCUCCUUGGCCGCCGCCGUUAUGUCACUCAGCUACUCAACAAUCGCAUGGACGGCAUCAGCGGCGAAAGGAGUUAAAGGAAACGUGGAGUACGGUUACAAAUCAAAAACCACGGCGGGAACAGUGUUCAACUUCUUCAGUGCGAUGGGCGACGUGGCAUUUGCAUACGCAGGGCACAACGUGGUGCUUGAGAUUCAGGCGACGAUCCCGUCGACGCCGGAGAAGCCGUCAAAGGGGCCGAUGUGGAGAGGAGUGCUGGUGGCUUACGCAGUGGUGGCUCUGUGCUAUUUUCCGGUGGCUCUCGUCGGGUACUGGAUGUUCGGAAACACCGUCGAUGACAACAUCCUCAUCACUCUGGAGAAACCCGCCUGGCUCAUCGCUCUGGCCAACUUGUUCGUCGUCGUUCACGUCAUCGGCAGCUACCAGAUAUAUGCGAUGCCGGUGUUCGAUAUGAUGGAGUCACUCUUGGUUAGGAGGCUAUAUUUCAAUCCCUCAAGAACGCUGCGUUUCAUCACUCGCAAUCUAUACGUGGGGGUUACAAUGUUCAUCGCCAUAACAAUACCAUUCUUCGGCAGCCUUCUCGCGUUCUUCGGAGGGUUUGCCUUUGCCCCGACGACGUAUUUUCUCCCAUGCAUAAUGUGGCUGUUGAUGCGUAGACCGGCGAGGUUGUCCUUGUCGUGGUGGUGCAAUUGGAUGUGCAUAACGCUGGGGGUGGUGUUGAUGUUUGUAUCUGCCAUUGGAGGGUUGCGUUCCAUUAUUCUCAAAGCCAAAGACUAUCACUUCUACUCUUAAUCAAGAGAUCUCUCUUGUGUAACCCUUAUUUUCUGCUUGUGAUUCCACA